UUUGUGAAUAUUUACUGCAUACUGAAUCUUAGCGUAUAACUAUUACAUCCAGAACCACAAGUAAAGGUAGAUUAAUAUAUGUAGUGUUGAAGAUUUAAAGUAAUCCAUCACCAUCUCCAGGACAAGUAUUCAACUAUUAAGGCUGUAAUCACUCCCAUAAGACUGAUAGUUCCUUACAGUACACCUUCCUUGGCCUCAACACCACAAUAACAACUAUCAAACCAACGUGGCAGCACCUCUAUAAAGUAACCUCUAAAUACACCUAAGUUACAGUUCUUUAGUAACUUCUUAAGAUAUAUCUCAGCCUCUUGGAAGUUGUCAAAGAAAUACAAGCCAAGAUGGGAAGUCGUGACACUCGUCGGAUCAUGGGUCCAGAAAAAAGUAUUCCGUACUCCCUGCUGCAGACACAAGAGAAGAGUUCUUUUUUAGGAGAGGAUUCCUCAAGAAGGGAUGCUCGGUCUGCUGUUGACCCUCGUAAAUAUUUCAUGAGUUUGGGAGUGAUUAGUCAAGCAAAAGGAUCGUCUUACCUGGAGGUUGGAAACACUAAAGUUUGUUGUGGGGUUUAUGGACCCAUGGACGUACAGAGAGGUUCUGACUUCAACAUGUCUUGCAAGGUGUUGUGUGAAGUGAAGAUGGCCCCAUUCUCUUGCUUAGUGAGGCGAUCACCACAGCCUGACAAACAACAAAAGGAGAUGAGCAGACAACUGAAAGAUGCCCUAGAAACUGUUAUUAUCCUUGACAAAUUCCCAAAGUCCCAGAUAGAUGUAUAUGUGACUGUUAUUGAGGAUGAUGGAGGACUGCUGGCUGCUUGUAUCACUGCUGCUGGCUUAGCUCUCUGCCAUGCCAAUAUUGAUGUCUAUGACCUCGUCAUUGGAGCUACAGUGCUGUGGCAUAAUGGUAUUCUUUAUGCUGACCCAACACAUUAUGAAGAGGAAUAUGAAGGCCGUGAGAUUCGCAGCUCAGGCAGUGAGGGUGGCCAGUUGACUGUUGGAAUGAUGCCCAAGUAUGCCAAUGGUCAAGUUACCCUUUUAGUACAAGGAGGCCAAGUGUCAGCAGAUAACCUUUGUGAAGGAUUAGAGGUUGUAGUUGAAAUAUGUCAGAGGAUUUACAAUCUCUCCAGAAAGACAUUGGUGGAGUAUGUGGAACAGUCUCUGGAAGAAAAUGAAGACAAUGCUUCAUGAUCCACCUAUAGAAACUGAAAUUUGCACAGUGUAUUGAUUCUUGGUUGUACUAAGACUUUCAGUGUGCGUGGACCAGGAUACUAUUAUCUCCAUUAUAAGAUGUGCCGGUAAAGAAAUUAUUAGAAAUACUUUAUGAUUUUGGAGAACUGCAUCGUGGACAUCAUAUAUUUUCAUUCAAAAACUUAUACAAAUAAAAUGUUUUCUUAAUAUAUACCAUU